AUGGCGUUGAAUGUUCGUAACAAACUCGGAUUCAUCGAUGGUACGAUUCCUAAACCUCCUGCAAAUCAUAGAGAUUCAGGAUCUUGGUCUCGUUGCAAUGAUAUGGUCUCUACAUGGUUGAUGAAUUCGGUUUCGAAGAAGAUAGGGAAGAGCUUACUCUUUAUGUCUAUUGUGGAAUGUAUUUGGAAAAAUCUGAUGUCUAGGUUUAAACAAGAUGAUGCUCCACGGAUAUUUGAGAUUGAGCAGAAGCUAAGUAACAUUCAACAAGGUUCACUUGAUGUGGCUGCUUCUUGGGAGAAACUACAGCAAUGUAGCCAUGUGACUAGGUUCUUGAUGGGGUUAAAAGAAUCUUAUGAUACUACUCGUCGUCACAUCUUGAUGCUCAAGCCCAUUCUUUCUAUUGAGGAAGUCUUUAACAUGGUGGCUCAGGAUGAAAGGCAGAAGCUGAUUCGUCUUUCUCUCAAGACAGAUAAUUAUAACGCUGAUGGUACGGUGGAGAGACCUCGUGCACAAUUGGUAGCACAUGGAUAUACGCAACAAGAAGGCGUAGACUACACUGAUACUUUCUCUCCGGUUGCAAAGAUGACUAGUGUCAAGCUGUUAUUAGCUCUUGCCGCGAAGAAAGGAUGGUCAUUGUCUCAAAUGGACGUGACUAAUGCAUUUUUGCAUAGUGAGCUUGACGAGGAGAUUUACAUGAAUCUUCCUCUUGGCUAA